GAGGAUUCCCGUCGGUCCCGUCUGCCGCGACGUUCGAUUGCCGGCGUCCCCGCGAUUGGAUUUUGAAUUUCGAAGAGUGAAGAGUGCAGCAGCGUCGGCCUCGGACGAUGAAUCGCCGUCGCAUCGUUCCCGGACAUUUUUCCCACGGGGAGACUCUUUUUGUCGGCGGACCCUUUCCGGGAAAAAUAUGGUAGAAGGAUGGUGCGUUUCGCGAACAGAACCGGCGUGCGGCAUCGAAGUAGGGAUCUAGUCCUGGUCGACGGGUUGGCCAAGAUGAGCUUGAGAAACGGGAAGAUGGAAAAGACGGAGGGAAAAGUUGCAUUCCAGUAUGUUCAAGAAAAAGUGGAUGACACGAAUAGAGACAACAAAAUCAAUGAGACUGAUUUAUUGUUCCUCAAAGAACUGAUGGACAGCCCCUUAUUAAAUGGCGACAGGCUCCACCAAGACUCGCUAGACUCUCCUCCGCCACUGGCCGAGCCGACCACCGCGGCAGGCCGCGACUUACUACACGACGUGCGCCUGCGCGGCAGCCGUUCGUGGAGCCGCGAGGCUCGGGAGUUGUCGGCGCUGCUCGGCUCGCCGCUGCUCAGUGGGCUGGUGGAGGCGCACGACGAGAUCGCCCGACGGCGGGGGAAGAUCGGAGGCGACGGCGAGCCGUCGGCCGAGCGACGGCCGAAGCUGUUCCCGGACGCGAUGACGGGCGAGGCGUACAGGAUGGUGGGGGUGCGGAAGAGGCCGGGGGAGCCGCUAGGGUUGACGGUGCAAGUAGAUGAGAGUGGCAACCUGUUGAUAGCGAGGAUCCUAGAGGGCGGUAUGAUCGAAAACCAAGGCCUACUACAUGUAGGUGACAUUCUUCUGGAAGUCAACGGAACUCCAGUGUCUACUCCUGAGGAUCUUCAAACAGAAAUCGCCAAAACUAAGGAUCAUGUAACACUAAAAGUCCAUAAUAAACAAAGUAAUGAGGUCACACAUUCAAAUAUUGUCGAGGCCAACGGUACAAAUGGAAUAACAAAAAAAUUAACGUGUUACAUGAGAGCCAUGUACGAAUACGACCCCCAGGAAGACACCCUGCUCCCUUGCAAAGAAAUAGGCCUCUCCUUCGACCGCGGAGACAUCCUCCAGAUAGUGGACCAGCGUGACCCCAACUGGUGGCAAGCCAAGAAGGUAAACGGGGACGGAGCGACAGGCCUGAUACCAUCUCUAGAGCUCGAGGAGCGCAGAAAAGCCUUCGUGGCGCCCGAGGCGGACUUCGUGCACAAGAUUAGCAUCUGCGGAGCGCGCAUCUCGAAGAAAAAGAAGAAGAUCAGCUACCAGUCGAAGAGCAGCUGCGAUUUCGACAAGGCCGAGCUGUUGUUGUACGAGGAGGUGACGAGGAUGCCGCCGUUCAAGAGGAAAACCUUGGUCUUGAUGGGCACGCAGGGAGUGGGGCGACGAACGUUGAAGAAUAGGCUGAUCAAUAGUGAUCCCGAGAAGUUUGGGGGUGUUAUACCAUAUACCACAAGGCCUCAGAGAGUGUUAGAAGAAAAUGGCCAGAGCUACUGGUUCACAGACAGAGAAUCCAUGGAAGAGGAUAUCAAACAUCACAAAUUUUUAGAGUAUGGCGAAUAUAACGGACAUCUCUACGGAACCCACUUGGAUUCUAUAAGAGAUGUCAUAAAAGAGGGGAGAAUGUGUGUAUUGGAUUGUAGUCCGAUCUCUUUGAAAAUGCUUCACAACAGCUCAGAGUUUUUGCCUUAUGUGAUUUUUGUAGCUGCUCCUGGUAUGGAACAAUUGAAGAAUUUGUAUGAUGUUGGCAAGAGUAACUCGAACAUGAGAUACUCUAGUAGAAAUCUAACGUUUGAUCGUCAAAGUUCAAUACGAUACAGUUCAAGAAGAGCUAGAACAUUGGAAUCGUUAGCAUCUCUCUACGAGGAAGAAGAUCUGAAGAGAGCUCUGGAGGAAAGCGCGAGUUUGCAGAGGACUUAUGACAAGUACAUAGACAUGGUGAUUCCAAACAAUGAUUUCGAUACGACUUUCAGGGAAAUUGUAGAAGCACUCGAUUCCUUGACUACUGAACAUCAGUGGGUGCCUGUCAAUUGGAUAUACUAGAUAAUAUUGUCACAGAAAUAUCCAUUUUAAUGGUAUUUUUAGUGGCGAAAUAUAAUUCCCUAGUGUUAUGUCUAUUGUGCGACCGCUGUUGAAUUUUGCAGAUAUAUAUUUUUCAAGUUAUUUUCUACCUGAUAUUACUGCCGAAAUUUGCACGGAUGCACAUAAUAUAAAAACGGCAUUUUUUUUCUAUCAUCUCAUUAUUUAGUGACAUAGGUAAGUUUGGAAUAAUCUUAAAUUUUCUUGUCAGAACUGUCUCCAUUGUUACAGCACAUUGGUAGCAAUAUACCAACAGUUUGUAUAUUUGAAGUAGUGUGAUAGAAGUGGUCUAAGUCUAAACCGUAGUUAGGCUGGGUUAGGUAAAUAAACGAAUUCUAAUGCGAUAGAUUCCAAAUCACUUAGUGAAAUACUUCGCACUGGCUUCAGAAUCCAUGACUGAACAUUAAUUUUGCACAACGCUCGUCUCAAAUAUUUGAGUAAUUAUAAAUAUAUAUUUUUUUACAUUCAGAAUGAAUAUGUUCAUCUUAUGAAUGAUGAAAAAUACUACCUACAUCGAAACAUUAAUCAGGUUUUUGUUCAUGCUGCUUUCAUGUGAGUAUCGGACUGCACAACAAAAGCGUUAAUUAACGGUUAUUACUUUUAAAUCAAGUAUGCACACUUAAUAUUUAUAUUUGAGGAUUGUAAAUAUACCUACUCAAAUGAUUCUGAAACUAAUUCAGAUGUUAUGUUCUGAGACUAAUGUCGAAAUCGUUUCCAUGUUUAUUUGAUUGAUAAUUCUGAGUUAGAUCGUACUAAACGAAUUGGAGUUAAAUCCGUACUAUUGAAAUAAGGUAAAGUAAGUUAACUAAAGGCUUGCUUACCUUUGAUUUUUUAGAUUAGAUAGGUAGAGGUAUACAAAAAUCUAUGAAUUGAUAUUUUAUAUUGAUAUUUUUGGACUUAUUUUUCAAUUUUCCAAUUAUUUGGAGGCACCCACUAAUAAGUCGUGAAAUGAACUAAUAUUCGAUCAACAUGUGCGUCAUGAUUUUUUUACUUUCAAAAGUGAUUCAGGCGGAGAGGUUUUUCCGACUGAAAUUUGAGAAUUAAAAUUAUACACCUUGAGUAAUAUCAAUUCGAUAUGAGAUUUGAUUGACCACUACAUCACAAGUUUAUUUCAGUAAAAAAACUUUUUAUUUUUCAUCACUGUCAUCUAGUUUUAAUCACUCAUUUCAACCCGUCCAUGUUGUGUUCAUGAAUAAUUUUUGUUGUUACAAUGAUUGAGUUAUCCUCAAUGCGAUUUUAUUAUUAUUAUAAUUUUUUUAUACAUAAAUAUAUAUAUUUACUUAUUCAUUAUGACAGUACUGGUAGUCUUUCAAAAGUGCAAGUUUUAUGUUAUAUAUUAUAGCUUAUGAGAAAUAAAUUG